AUGAGGUUGGGAGGCUACCAGAAGGCAAUCCAGCAGGACUUCCUCUACAAGGUCGUGAGCAAGGGGGCGUUCAAGGGUUCACGGGUCAUGAUGGAGUACCAAGAGGCAAUCCUUGGGGACUAUCGGGACAUGAUGAAGGGCUUCGGGAUGAAGGUUAUCCAGGCCAACAUGGAGCUACCAGGAGGCAAUCCACCAGGACUUCCUGUACAAGGUCGUGAGCAAGGGGGUCGUGUGCGGUUUUGUGAAGAGGGAGUAAGUCAGAGAGAUCCUGCUGAAGUACCGGUUCCAGGUCAACAGCUUCGGGGUGAUGGUCGUUCCAAUAGGGAUGAGUUACCAGGAGGCAAUCCAGCAGGACUUCCAGUACAAGGUCGUGAGCAAGGGGGCGUUCUUCGUAAUUUUAUGCAGUAUGCGACGGGCAUCUCUGGGUCCAAUAAUACAGCCGAGCAGUAUGCGACGGGCAUCUCUGGGAAGACGUGGAAUCCUUUGGGACUCGGAGGAAGCAGGUCGGCAACGGAGCCGUCAAGUGGAGCAGGGGCCGCAAAGCCCAAUGCGGCAGAAUCGAAGCCUACGAGUUCCAUGGAUGCACUGGUACAAGGGAUGACGCAGUUGCAGGCUGCAAUGGCUAUGCAAAUGGGCCUACAGGCGGCGAAGCCUGAGCAGAUCCGCCCUGGAGCCGCAGAGCUGCCAAGGCUCCAUGAGGCGGACGAGAUGGCAGCGAUCAAUGUGGGAGAUUGGCUGCACGGGCUAAGCGGGCCCAUGGGAGACCUUACAGAUGGAAGUGCCCAGUGGUGGUCCAAUGUUCUGGAAAGCUUGAAUGCCUACUACCAGGACUAUGUGGGCACAAGUGCAGUGAGAAAGCUGCAACUGAAGGCAGACGACUACGCGGUGGGCCUCCUACGUGACAACAAGUGGGUGCGAGUGGACAAGCGGGCGGCUUCAAUGCUACUUCAGGCGGUACCGGAAGGCAUAAGGGCGGAAGUGCUUGCGAACCGGCUGCAAAGUACAUUGUCCAUUCUGGCGAGGAUCAUGACGAUCUACCGGCCAGGAUCGGCAGCGGAAAGGCAGCAGGUGCUGAGGGCGCUCGAGAUGCCGGCGGUGGCGAACAGUCCUAUGGAGUUGGUGGAGGCGCUGAGAAAAUGGGCCAGAUGGCUUAAGCGGGCUCAGGAUUUGGGUCUUCAGGUGCCAGACGCAUCAAUCCUUCUACGUGGGCUAGACAAUGCGUCGAAGCUACAGUUGGAAAGGCAUGGAGAGGUGAUGUUCCGCACAAACAUGCUGAGGUUUGGGUUGGAGCUGGACUCAUCGCCUACGGUGGCUUCGGUGGAGAAACUGCAUCACCACUUGUUAGCCGAGUUUGAGCAGUUAGCUUACCGUGGUCGAGGAAAAGGGGGAACUACCUCAUCUACUCCAACUUUGAAGCCUAUGACAACUACGGACCCUUAUGGACCCAACACGCCAAAAGGGGGAACUUCACCUACCUCGAUGCCGGGACCUAAGCCAUGCAAGUUCUAUGCCUCUGAAGCUGGUUGCCAACGACCUCAAUGUAGGUUCCAGCAUGAUUGGAACUCCUUCUCUCGAGAAGAUCGGAGCGAUCGAUGCAAAGGUUGUGGAGGUCGGGGCCAUAUGAAGAAGAACUGUCCUAUGAAAACUAGCGACAGCUCAGCAAAGGGCGAUGAGGGGAAGGGCAAACCUCAACCCAAGGUCCGGGCUGCAAGUUCCGCUACCACAAACCGACAGUCUGAAGGAAAACGAGAUGAUGGCACCCUACCUGCAGGUGAUCCCGCGUCGUCUUCCUCGGCUUCUACUUCGGCGUCAGCAAGUAUGGACUCCAAUGCUACAACGACACAGGCUCCCACGUCGUCUGCUCAGGAAAUGGAUGAGUUCCUUCGCAAUGCAACUCAGGUUCUGAAGAUGAUGACGGAUAAGCAGGGUGGCUUUGAUGGUGGCGGCGGUGGUCCUUCAAUGAAGAUGCUAAAGAAGGCUGUGAAGGAGUACGAGGAAAAGAUGGCCUUGUUGGAUUCGGGAGCGACGCAUCCGUUGAGAGCGGCGUCGGGUCCAGAGUGGGAUACGUCGGAGGAAGUGGAUGUGGUCGUGGCUGGAGAUGGAGUGAAGCGCAUGAAGCAGAACCCCGCGGGAACGCUAUUGAUGGAGCCUUCGCCUAAAAAGACGCAGACCAUCAUUCCCAUGGGCAGCCUGAUCUCACUGCUGGGGUACGAGGUCACAUGGACACGACGUCGGUGUCUACUACGAACGCCGGAAGGCGAGGAGAUAAGCCUCAAGGUGUCAGCAGGGUGUCCGGAGCUGAGCGAAACGAUGGCGUUGGAGUUGAUCUCGAAGAUCGAAGCUGAGAAGCUGGAGCGGCUCCGGAGGAAUAUCGCAGACGCAGAGCUAGCGAGUCGUCGGGCACAGUUGGUGGAAGUAUCUACUCUGUGGGAGCGCAGCUUGAGGUCCUAUGUGCAACAGGGCAAGUUCGAGGAUGGGUUUCGAGCGGUGGCCUCAAUGCCUUGGUGUGAAGAUCUACCACGAGAACAUUUGGUUAAGUUGGUACGGGAUCUACCUGCGCAAGAUGGUCAAGCUUGGGAGCUGAUGAAGAGCCUCGGUCUGAACCGGAGAAUGCGGAAGCGACUGAUGCACAAGGAUUGGGUGUUGAAGCUGUUUAGCGGGAGGAGGAAUACUUCGGAUAAAAUCUGCAGGUCGAUCGAGACGAAUCAGGCUGUAGUGCUCGACGUGGACCUCUUGAGAGAUGCUAUGCGGGAUGUCUUAAAGGAGGGCGACGGGAUCUACAAGCUGCUGCUUUGGGGAGCUUCUACCGGACGGGUUUCGGGGAUUAUAUCGGGCCUUCCUAACACAAUGUCCUAUGAGCAGUCGUUGCGCCUGAUGAUGAUCACGGAGGUUGCUAAGGAGGGGCGCAAGGCCAUGUGUGAAGACGUGGAUCUACCGAACGACGGUGUAGCCUUGGCAAUAUGGGCCUCCGCCGACUCAGAAGAAGAUCCCAGCUCUAAGCCCUUCGGCAAAACGUGGUUCAAGCGGUGGUCCAGAGAUGGAUGGCUAAACGUUCUACAUUUCGAACAGGGUGGACUGGGGCAUCCUUUGAGGAGACCCACAACGAUGGUCACCAACAUGGACAUUGCAGAGCUACGGGGAGUUCGUGAUGAACGAAAGGAGGAGGCGGAGUGGGGAUCUCGAUCUACGUGGGCGCCAAUGAUGAUGCACGCUCUAGUUCAAGGAUGGAAGAGAUGGAGGUCGCGAACAGGAUGGUACCCCAGAAUGGUUAAGGCUCUGAAAGCAGCGGACAGGAGGGCCUGGGAGCGGCACUUAGCCAACGAUCAUGUACCUCAUCGGCCUGAUUGUCUUCAAUGUGUUCACAACUCUACGGGAAGACCCCACCGACGGUGCCUACACAAGGACUGCUAUGUGCUGAGCGCGGACACUCUUGGACCAGUGCGUGUUCCGGGACCAAAGGGAGAGAAGUUCGCAGUGGUGUUCACCUAUCAGUUCCCAAAGCAGAAGAUGAGCCAGGACGACGAGAUCAUCAAGGAGGAGGAUCUGGAUGGGUGGGACCUGGACGCUAAGGUGGUGACCGCUGAGGAGAAGGAGGCGGUUCCUGAAGAUGAUGAGCUGGCGGACUACAGUCCUGAUGCGGAGCCGGGUGAAGAAUUAACCAAGGAGCAGUUUGUGAACUUCCUCUACUACCACCCUCCGAAGAGGAAGGAGCCACGUUGCCUACCGAAGGGGCGACCAAGGCGAGGGCUAGUUGUGAGACAUCAUGUACUACCACGAACGACACUUUUCCGACCUACUACCACCAAUGGAUGCCCGAUUCCAACGUUCAAGCUCGAGCCCACGAGGAUCACUGACAUCAAGUAUGUGGGCGGUGGCGUCGAGACCGAGACCUCGGAUUGGCAUGGUCCAAAGUCAGGGGCGCGGGUCCUGGAGAAAAGAUGGACGGGAACUACGCGGUUCCGAGUGUCUACGGCGGAGAUCAUCGAGGAUGAGGAGGAGCUUCAGCGGGACGAAAGUGCGUGGGAGCAGCUCAUCGGGGACUUGGCGAGGCCAAUGGAGACGGAGACGAUCUACAUGGUGUACCCCAUACGGGCGCGCCGGGGAGGUGAAGUGAUGAUAGCAGUUCAAGAGGCCGUCCUGAGACUGAAGCUCAUGGGACUUCCAGUAGCUCGACUUCAUUCAGAUCGUGGUUCAGAGUUUGCGUCGAAAGGACUACGAAAAUGGCUACUCGAUCGGGAUAUUUUCCAUACUCGGUCGGAAGCUUUGGUUCCUCAAACUAAUGGUUUUGCAGAACGGGCAGUGCGCUGGUUCAAGACAAGAGCGAAAACGUUGCUGGCGGAGGCAGGAGUUCACCUGAAGUACUGGACGUUCGCUAUGCAACAUGCAGCAAACCGAAGAGUACAUGAGAGGCUGGGCAUAACCAAACCUCGGCUACUUACGUUCGGCGAGAGGGUGAUGAUUCGGAAGAAGGUGUUCGGCAACAACAAAAAGUACGACCUCACCGAUCGCUGGGAGCAGGGAAUCUAUUUGGGUCUCUCGGACACUAUCAAAGGAGGAGCGAUUGUUCUGAGACCCUCGGGAAUCAUUACUGAGACCCUGAACCUGCGAGCAGAAGUGGUGGACCCACAUGUACUUCUGAGGGAAGCUGCGGUAGAAGAAGAAGGAGCCGGAGAGCAAGAGAAGCCUAUAGUAGAUCUACCUGAACCUGAUCAUCGUCUAAAAGGUAAGCAACCACCACCAGGACUACGAGCACUCUCUGUUCAAGAACAAGAAGGUGAAGGUUGGGUCGUGGUAUCGCAGCUGGAGAUUCAGGAACAACAGGCGAAGCAGGUGUAUGAGCAGGGCAAGUUCGAUGUGGAUUCGUGUGCACGUGUUCUACAGGAGUUGAAGAUCUCAAGCAAGAUGAGGACCCAGAUCCGAGGAGAAGGUGUUGAGACUAUGGUUCUUGGCGGCUACGUUCAUGGAGGCCUUCGCGGAGCAUCCAAGGAGUCACGGCGGAGACCGUGGUUGACGAGAUACCUAAACAUGGUGAUGCAGCAGAAGGUCAGCGAGGACCUGAAUGAGCGGGGAAGCUGGACUUCGAUAGGUGUGUUCAAGGCCAAGGACGUGCCACCCCAUCGGGAUAUGCGCAACCAAACCAAGUCGAUGAAUUAUGUAAUGCAAGUGAGAGCCGAAGAUCAAGCUUGGCUUUGGGUCGAAGGCGGGCUAUGUGAACAACCUCAGGCACAACCACGUGACCAAUGUUUACCAGAUGGAACUGUGUUGCAAGGGGGUGUCGUGAGUAUCAAGGAUAAAAUGGUGAAGUUUGAUCCCCGAGAACGACACGCAUAUGUUUCGGACGGAGGAGAUCGAUGGUUGUUGGCGGGGUUCACACCCCUCGGUGUCGACAAACUUCCGGCUGACUCGAAGGCUUAUCUGGCGUUGUGCGGGUUUCCUUUGGAGGGUACCGGUGUGGAGUGGGCGGUGGACGCCGAAGAUGACGAGGCCUUGCACCGCAUGUUCAUAGAGGACAGCGACCUGGAGGAUGAAGAGGAAGAGGUUGAAGUGGAGCAAAAGGCUCGGAGAGUACGGUGUCUAUUACAACAGGAGUGCGAGCUCGAAGAGGAGUCCGGGGGCGACGCCGUAUGGAGGAAUCAACUUCAGGAGGAGUUGGAGUGGAGCCAACAACGGCUGGAGUCUGAGACGGCGAGAGCUAUGAAGAUUUCUCCUACCGAGGCGAAGGACUUCGAAGUGGAGAGGUUAUUGGAGUCGCUACAGGUUCCUCUGGAAGUUGUGCACAAUGUAAGCUUACCGGAAGUCAAACGGUACAUUGAUCGCUGGAAGGAAGCGAUUAUCAAGGAAGUCAAGGCACUGGUCGAGUCGGGCACGGUUCGUCGACUAUCACCUGAACAAUUUCGCGAGCUGAAGAAGGCGGGCAUGACGGUGCUGCCGGGCAAGGCCGUAUUUACAGCGAAACCGCCGGUGGAGUCGUCUGGCAAGGAGCGCUUUAGGCGCAAAUGCCGGAUAGUGGUUUGCGGCAACUACUUGGCGGAUCAGCCCAUCAAUGUCUUUGCGAGUGGCACCUCAGCAGACUCACUCAGGACUGCGGUAGCCAUUGCAGUUCACAUGGGAUGGACUGUGGGGUGCACAGAUGUGUCCAACGCCUUCACGUUGGCCCCAAGGCCGGGCGAUCGUUUGUAUCGGGCUGACCGCCCCUACGGUUGUCAUUAUGGCUGGUGGUGCUCAAAGAAUGAGAGACUGUCUUCGGCACACAUCGACUACAACGGACAGGUGAUCUUGCUUGAGUGCUUAGAGACUGAGGAGAACAUGUGGAAGAUCCUGUCCGAGAAUGACCCAGGCCUCCAAGGGCUGAUGUUGGUGUACGUCGACGAUAUCUUGAUAUUAUCCUCGCGGGGCAUUGUGGAGGCGUUGUACGAUUGGUUGGUUUCGGAGUGGAAGUGCUCAGCUCUGGAAUGGUUGGCCAAUGGAUACAUCCGGUUUUUGGGUGUGGAACUACGAGGUUAUGAGAAGGGCAUUCAUCUUUCUCAGUCGGGCUAUGUGAGAGAUAUCUUACGUCAACAUGGAGUAGAAGAAGUUGAAGGCCCGGUGACCGUACCAUGCACGCGGGAGUGGUUGCAGGACGACUCUGAUGAGGAGGUGGAAAAGCCGGAAGAGUAUAUGAUCAAGACGGCCCAGAAGCUGACAGGUGAGGCCCUUUGGCUUUCAACCAGAUCGCGACCAGAGCUGUCGCACUCUGUAGCUUGUAUGGCAUCGAGAGCUUCGAGAAACCCUCAGAAGGCUAUCCAGAUCGGGAAGAAGAUUCUACAGUUCUUGGCGAGGACAGCAGAUCAUGGACUGUGGUUUGAGAAAGACGAGUCACAGCCUUUGUUGGUGACCUACUCGGAUGCUAGCUACGCGCCAGGAGGAGGAAGAAGCUUUGGAUGUAUUUUGGUUCAGUUGUCAGGGAUGAUAGUGACUUGGAGGGCUUCGAAACAACCAGUCAUUACUCUCAGCGUUGCCGAAGCAGAGUUGUAUGAGGGCGUCUCAGCAGUUCAAAUGGCGAUGGGAGUUACGGCGAUGUUGGGCGAGCUUGGAUAUGACCCGGUGAUCUACCUGCGUAUUGACAAUAUGGCAGCAAAGGGGUUCCUACGUCAAGAAACCAAUGCGAACCGGUUGGUUAUCGAGCAUUGCCCGGGACAGCUCCAGAAGGCGGACAUCGGCACGAAGGCCUUUGAUGCCCCGAAGUUUCGAGAGUUGUUGCAGCUCUGGAACAUUAUGGCAUGGACCUCGAUGGAGGCUUCAAAUACAGCGGUGAAAACACUACGAACGUUGAGCAGGCCUAAGGUGAUGCUGUUCAUUAUAUAUGGUGUGCAUAGUGAUGAUAAAGGGCGCAGCUGGCGAGGAGGAUGUUAA